UCAAGAAAGAUAUUCCAAAAUAAUAACAAUUAUGAAUCGAGAACAUUACCUUAUCAUCCUCCCAAAAGAAAGUUUUGAUCGAAGACUUGAUUUGGAAAAAAUAUUUCGUUUGUGCUGGAAUCGAGCAAUUGUAAAUGUUCUUGUACUUCAAGAAAAUGGCCAUAAUGGAACUGUAAAUGUGUACACAUUUUAUCCAUUUGCUGAAGGAAAAUGCAGAAAUAUCAGUCCAAGAAUUCAUAAUCGUUAUGCAAAUGGAAGUUUCGAAAGAAAUACGCCAUUAUUUAUACCAAAAGUCAAAAACCUUCAUGGUUGUCCUGUAACGUUGAUUCUUUUUUGCCGUCCUGAUUUUGUGCAACCAAAUCAGCCACAUUUAUUUGAUCAAAACAUUUUAAAAAUCUUGGCCAAAGAAAUGAACUUUACUUUGAGAUACAAAUUGUCACCGUAUGGUAAAGGUGAAUUAUUUAGUCCAACAAACAUGACUAAUAUGUUUAAAAUGUUACACGAUGGACUUGGAGAUUUCGUCGUUAACUUAUUUUGUUCUAAACGUUAUCAGGAAGUUUUUGAAGGAGUGCCAUAUACUUUUUCCAAACAGAUUGUUGUCUUUAAAUCGCCCGAAUUGUAUAGUUCUUUAGAGAUAUUCCUUUUUCCUUUUGACACAUUAACCUGGAUAUUGUUGUCAUUAUUUCAUACAUUAGCUUUGAUAUUUCGUCCGGUGUGGAAUAGAAUUUCAAGAAAAUUAGGAUUAAGUAGCAAACACUUCGAGCGGUAUGUUUUGGGAAUAUGGAUUUUAAGCAUGUUCGUUUUGCAAAGUUCAUAUGAAGGUUCACUCUUUAAGUUUUUGCAUGAUCGACCUAUGAAGCCUCUACCAAAGAGCUUUAUAGAAGCUGUUCAUCAAGGAUACAAAUUCGUAGUUUCAAACAAAAAACUAUUUGCAACAAUGGAUGAAAUUAAAGAUAAUAGUGAUCAAAUAAUAGAAGGUGGAUUUACAAGAAUGUUUAAAGUCUUUAAGGAAUCAAAUGGCAAGGUUGCUUGGAUCGUUUCAAAAAAUUAUUUCUACUCAUGUAAAAUAGAUGGCUUGGGAUUGGUCAAAGCUAAAAAGGGGCUUCUUUCUCGUUUAGUUUGCAUUUAUACGAAAAAACACUCAUUCCUAGCUUCUGAAAUAUCACACAAGUUUUUGCAUAAUAUAUCGCCUUUUGGAUUACAAAACCAUAUCUUAUCGAUAAAUAAGACUCUGAAACAACAUAAAACUGAUACUCCGAAAAGUUUGUCUUUGCAGCAUUUAACUGGAGUAUUUCAAUUGUAUUUUACUCUAAUUGGUGUUAGUGUUAUUAUAUUUAUAAUUGAGCACAACUGUCAAUGA